AUGCCAAACACCGACUGCCAGACAGAUGACAAUUACACCGCUCCUGAUGGACUCAAUUUCACCAUCUACUGCGGAGAAGACAUCACAGCAUCAGCAUACAGCUCGAGCGCACCGACGUCCAAAUCCAACUACACCAAUUGUAUCACCAGCUGCUCUGAAGAAGACUACUACUGCUAUGGCAUUGUUUAUCAAGCAUCGAACAGCUCAUGCUGGGAAUUGACAAACAAGACCGCAUCGACCGAGUCCAACCUGGCAACCAAUACGGACUUGAUUACUGCUCUGGCAGACCAGUCCCAGUUGUUCAUCGCGAACACUUCCUGCCCCUAUCAGAACCAAACAAAACAGACAUCGUCGUCGGGGGUGGACUUCACGAUAAACUGCAAUAUGGAAGUCACCGCUGGAUCGUACUGCCCCUGGUCCUCCACACUUUGUCCCGUCCAUGUUGACAGCCUGGAAGAGUGCAUGGAUAUCUGUGUUGACGCACAUCCGCUCUGUCGGGCUGCCUCGUGGAAUCCCGGCAUGAUCCACGGAUAUCAGAACUGCUAUCUAUACGAUGCCAGCGAGCCUGUCGUGAAUUUCAAUCCAUAUAUUUUACACACCGCCGUCAUAGACCUACCGGACAUCGCCACAGGCUGCCCUACAAUCACCAACUACACUAGCUACGCUAGCGACGUAGAGACUAUAUUCAGCAUUUCCUGCGCCCAAGAGGCAACUAGCGCUACGAACCUCACAUUUGUGCAUGAGACAAAUAUCACAUCGUGUAUGGACAGAUGUGCUACAUAUUCUGACCCUCCCGCCUGCGAGGCAAUCAUCUUCGAUCCCACGAUGGGCAUUGGAUACGAAAACUGUCAACUGCUGAAUUCGGUUAAUCUGGUAGCUUCUGCUUCGAACGUCAACUACGCUCAUAUUGUCUCUUCCAAUUCUUCCGGCUCCGGUAAGACGUCCGAUGCUUCUUCCAGCGGAUCUAGCAGCGAGGCUUGGAUUGCCGGUCCGGUUGUUGGUGGUAUUGCUGCAGUAGCUGCUAUCGGUCUGGGGCUCUGGUGGUGGAAUCGGAGAAAGAGAAGCAACACUCGCGCGCCACCAGUGAAUCCACCGUCGGCAGAAUAUAAGCCUAUGUAUGCGGCAGCUGGUGAACCCGUAGAGCUGCCGAAGAACUCUGUAGAACGCCGGCCCAGUAAUUUCCAUGAGCUAUCGGCUCAGGAAGGACAUGCCGUACAUGAAUUGCCCGAAUAA